AUGAAGCUAAUUUACGAAUUUCUAUUGGUUCCUUCAAUUUUUUUUUGCACAUCAACAUCAAAAUUAUAUGGCUAUGGUCAAGAUCGAGGUGACCAGGAGAUUCCUUUUUCUCCAGACUCUUACGGUAUGUCGUUAGAUGUCCCAAUCAUCUAUUCGGAAGAAACACAAAACGAACUUUUCAUAUCAUCGAAUGGAAUCGUUUCGUUUGGAAAGUCAAUAGAAACUGGCGAUAGCGUCGAUGCGAGACAGCUUAAUUCAAUUGCUGUUUUCUACGUACCAGUUACGGACGGAACCGUCUAUUAUCGCGCGACAUCAAGUGACAGUAAUCUUCUAAACGAUAUAACAGAACGAAUUCAGAAGAAUUUUCCACAAGAAGAUUCAGCUGAUUUUACGGCACUUCACGCAAUCGUUUUAACGUGGGACCAAAUGAAAAAUGCUGAUCCUACGCAAGGAAGUAAUCAGUUCCAAUUGAUUCUUGCAACAGAUGGCAUCACCUCAUAUGCAUUUUUCAUAUAUGGUCGAAUCGACUGGACAUCUUCCAAUGGCCAACAUGCUGAAGCUGGAUUCUAUUUUGCAAAUGGACGACAACAUAGUCUUAUUCAUAGUGGCACAGAUAGUAUGCGAGAACUUGUUCAGUUAGUUGCAUCAAAUUUUGUUCCAAAAAUUUUCAAUGAAAAUAAUCACUUUGGAGAACUAAAGAGAAUAUUAAUGAUAUAUCGUAAGGCCAGAAAAUUUAGUUUGUCGAAUAACCAAAGAGAAGGGAGUCAAAUUUUUCGAAUCUCCGGUUCAACACCGGAAGAUCCACGGGGUGCCUCUGGAAUCGACGAUUACCAGUAUUCUGAUUACAAUGAGCGUGAUUAUGAUGAAGAUGAAGGUAACGAUCGACAGCAUCAGCCAUCAAAUGCAGAUUGUCCACCAGAUCCUUAUCGUUAUCACUGUCCACCAGAAUGCCAAAUUCUUAGUGAUGAUCGCGGAUGCUCGCUUUGUGUUUGCACACAACCGCCAUCACAUUCAAUUCACAGCGAGACCAAUCGUAUUGAAAGCGAUACAGAAGUGAAAAUGAGCAAACAUGCUUCAGAAGUAGAUAAUGGAGCUCGUAAUGAUAAAUAUCCUCAUAGUGCGUCUAGCGAUUCUUUGUCAAAUGCGGUGGAUGAAGAAGAAGAAUUGAUUCCUUAUUCUCCCCACACAAAAAACAAAGAUGGCCAUUCGGAUGAAGCUGAAAAUAGAAUUCCAGACAAUGUAGAGGAAGCGAUACCAAAUGCAGAUUUGUCGAAUGACCUAAGCCAGGACAAUGAAUCACCUCUAAACUGUGAUGCAGCUAAUCAAGUGAUGAAAGUAUGCCAUCAACAUGCAGAAUGCGUUGACUAUAGUCCAGGAUAUUGUUGCAAGUGUCUUCCAGGAUAUUACGGAAAUGGUCAGGAAUGCCUCAAAAAAGAUGAGCCACAGCGAAUCAAUGGUGGAUUUGAGGGUGUAAUAAAUGGCGAGGAAUUGCAACGAACAGAACUUCACACUUAUGUGACAACAUCUGAAGGUCGAGCGUAUACGGCUCUUUCUCAGAUUUCGCCACAACUAGGACGAUCGCUUCUUUUGCUCGAUUCAAUUGGUGGAGUAAUGGGAUGGCUUUUUGCAAAGGUUGCUUCUGCAAAAUCCUACAAUGGCUUCGAACUCACAGGUGGUCUUUUUAAUCGGACAGUUAAUGUACAUAUCGGUGACCGAAAUACGGUAACCAUAAGACAGCAAUUUUCUGGUCGUGAUAUCUACCAUUAUUUUAAAGCACAUAUAUUGGUUACUGGAACAUUGCCGCCAGUAAAUGAAGGUGCUGAAAUUAUUUUCCCUGAUCAUGAAGACGAAUACAGACGUGAAGGACCAGGAUUUGUUCGCUCAUAUUCUACUUACAAUGUAAUUAUUAAAGAAGGAGCAACAGAGAAUCCAGUAAAAUUGACAGUCGAUCAGCAGAUUCAUUACAACGAAUGUUCCUUCAAGAAAUUUGAUAAAGAUGCACUAGUCGUUAUUCGUGUUACCCGGCCGCAUGUAGUAUAUGAUGUGGAAGAAAAAAUCGUUCGUUAUGCUUCCGAGAAUCUAGCCACUGAUGAAAGAAAGCAUUCCGGUUAUCCAGAAGAGUCAAAAGAGACUCACAGAGAAGAACAUCGAACAGACCCUGAUCAACAACCACUAACUGAACGGGAAAAUGCAAGAGAUUCACAGAAUCCAUGCUCCAGUGGUCGCCAUUUGUGCACUUCUCCAAAUAUGUUUUGCAGUCCUGUGGACUAUUCAUAUCGCUGCGAAUGUCAGCAAGGUUAUCAGGUACAGCUGGAUUCUUCAGUCCAACUUGGAUGGAUAUGCGUUGAUACGAACGAAUGUGAAAGAAGGGAUCAUACCUGCGAUCAUAAUGCAGUAUGCCAAAAUACGGAAGGAAGUUAUACUUGUGCAUGCAAAGAGGGAUUCAGUGGCGAUGGUCGUCAGUGUGAAGAAAUUGGUGAUGAAAUUGAUAGCAAAAGCAGUAUUGAAUCAACAAGAAAAGGAUGUCAGGCUCACCAGGAUUGUCAUCAAUGGGGAGAAUGUGUUUUUGAAAGUGAUGGCAAACCAAAUUACUGUAGGUGUCGUGGCUGGUAUGUCGGUGAUGGAAUAAACCACUGCGGUCCACCCGGAGAAACACCUGUGAAACCUAGAAUUGAGCAAAUUGAAUCGGGUUGUGAGCGGAUCGCUUGUGAUGCCAAUGCUCAAUGUAAAGUCUCCGCAACUGGAGAGGCUAAAUGCGCUUGCAAAAGCGGUUUUCAUGGUGAUGGAUAUCAGUGCAAGCCUCUUGUUGCCGAAACAACACCGAAAAGCUCUAAAACAGAUGUCAUAUGUCGGGCACAUUCCGAAUGUGGUUCAAAUGCUAACUGUGUAUAUGGUGUGGAAGUAGGCUAUUAUCGAUGCGUUUGUGUGCCACCCUACAAAGGAAAUGGAAUUAACUGUGUCUUAGACGAUACAGCGGUAAUCACUAAUCCUCCUGCAUCAUGUGACAUAAUAAAUAAUUGUGAUCCUAAUGGUGAUUGUGUAUUCGAAAAAGGCCCUCGAGGAGAAGGUUAUCAUCGUUGUCGCUGUCGUCCGGGAUAUACCGGAGACGGAAUUCAGUGCACAAUGACUUCGCUAGAAACGUUUCCGCUUAUGCCUCCUGGUAGCGAACAAUGUGAUCGCUUGAAUAAUUGUCAUGAAAGUGCCGAAUGCGUCCAUGAUCCAUUAAAAAAUAUUUUUAAAUGUCAGUGCUUGGAUGGAUAUGUUGGCGAUGGAUAUAUUUGCAAUCUAAUUCAUACUAGCCUUCCUCAUACUGAUGAUGCGCCAGCUCGAUGCCAUGAAGCUAGCGAUUGUCAUCACAAUGCGCACUGUAUUGUUCGCGAACACUCGAUGGAUUAUAUUUGUGAAUGUUUGCCUGGAUAUAGAGGCGAUGGCAUUCGCGAAUGCAAUCUGGCAGACGAAUGCAAUCCGGUUGAUUCGCGUUAUUGCCAUCCAAACGCUGAAUGUAUCUACGGUGUUAAUGAAGGUGCAUACGUGUGCAAAUGCAAACAAGGAUAUACUGGAACUGGACAAGAUUGCCAACCUGCAACUGCGGUUUCAUGCAAUGAACGACCUGAGAUGUGUCAUGCAAAUGCAGAAUGUAUCUAUAGUCACGAGAAAAAUGAAUAUGUGUGUGUUUGUAAACAUGGUUCAUUUGGUGAUGGCUACAGAAAUUGCAUAGUGCAAGAAAGAAUGGAGUCUUCGAGAUGUAGUGGUUGUUCUGUUCACGCUAGUUGCCUAAAAGAUAGUAGUGAUAUGUGGAAAUGUCGAUGCAAUCCUGGAUAUCAAGGAAAUGGACAAAUAUGCACUCCAAUCGGCGAUUGUCUUGAUGAUCGCUCUAUAUGUGACGUUAAUGCUGAAUGUGUUCCUGGCGAAUUCGGGCAAUAUGUCUGUAAUUGCGUUUAUGGAUAUCACGGUAAUGGAAGAAUAUGUUCACCUGAUAGCGAUACUAGAAAAGAAUCUUUACUAAUUGGCCGUGGGAUGAUGAUUAUACAUAGAAGUACGAAUAUUGAUACACCUGGAAAACAGCUUAUCAUUGUGCCACAUCAAAUAGCAGUGGGAAUUGAUUUUGAUUGUCAAGAAGAACGAAUAGUAUGGAGUGAUAUUGCAGGUCACGCUCUUCGCACAGCUUCAUUCAAUGGCACUGAUGAAAAGAAAUUCCUGGAAACAGUGCUGAAAAGUCCUGAAGGCAUUGCUGUCGAUACAUCGUCUCGCAAUGUUUAUUACGUCGAUUCGAUAAAGGAUGAAAUCGGUGUAGCCACAUUGGAUGGAAAGUAUCAAAAAGCGAUUGUAAAUGAAGGUCUUGUUAAUCCAAGAGCACUUGCAAUCGACCUGAGAAACAGGCAUCUUUACUAUUCGGAUUGGCAUCGAGAAAAUCCUUUGAUUGGGCGAGUUGACCUUGAUGGGUCAAAUAAUUCUCCCUUCAUCAAUACUGACAUUCAUCUGCCUAACGGCUUAACUAUACUUGAACAACGACAAGAACUUUGCUGGGUCGAUGCUGGAAUGCAACGACUAUCGUGCAUCGAUUUGACCGGUCGUAACCGUCGAGUGGUCUUUGCGCCACUCGAGUAUCCAUUUGGACUGACAUCUUUAAAUGAACAGCGAUUUUACUGGACCGAUUGGAGAGAUAAUAAAAUACACUCCGUAUCAAUCUACGGUGAUGGUUACUUUUCAUUUCCACCCACACUCGGAGGAUCAGGAAGACUUUAUGGCAUUACAGCUGUACCAUCAACGUGUAGAGGAGCUUCAAGUGGAUGCGCUAUAAAUAAUGGAGGAUGCAAAUACAUAUGCUUACCGCAACGAAAUAAUAACGUAAAAUGUGUUUGUCCGGACAAUAUUAAGGGCUUAGAAGGAUGCUAA